AUGCAGGAAACAUCUACAGUGGGGAGUGUAAUUAAUAAUCGAAAUCGUGACUGUUUGAGCUGCAGAAUUGUCAGUGGUUUUGGUAUCAUUGGUUCCGGCUUGUAUGUUUGGCAUCAUUCGAAAAAAUUUCAAAAGAAUAUUGGGAAAACUAUAAUGUACUCAAUUGGAAGCGCUUUAUUACUUCUUGGCACUGCUCGAGUUUUGGAUCUCCCACCGUUUCGCAAUCAAUUUAAUCAUGGAUAA